AUGGUCGAUCGUUUAGUCAAUAGUGAAGUGAAUGAUCGGAGGAUAGCAAAUGUGGAAACAUGUUUUGGAAAUAGUGGGCAGCGCUUGCGAGUGCCUGGUCGAGUACUAGUCGGAGAAGGAGUUCUCGUCAAAAUGUGCAGGAAAGACUCAAAGCAACGACAGUUCUUUCUCUUCAACGAUCAACUUGUUUACGGAAGCAUUGUGAUCAGCAAAAAGCGAUACAACAAGCAGCAUGUCAUUCCACUAAUCACUGUUGAAUUAGAAGAUUUGGAAGACGAAGGAAGGUUAAAAAAUGGCUGGGUCAUUAAAUCUCCUUCGAAAAGCUUUGCUGUCUACGCUGCUACCCCGACAGAGAAACGAGAAUGGAUGAUGCACAUUGUACGUUGUGUAACCGAUCUUCAAAACGGUGGCAGUAAUAAUAGCGGCGCGGCUCAUGCACCUGUUUGGAUCCCGGAUAAUGAGGCAUCUCGUUGUAUGGUUUGUAAACGAACCCAAUUCAAUCUGAUGCAGCGCAGACAUCAUUGCCGAAAGUGCGGAGCUGUGGUUUGUGGAGCUUGCUCAUCACAUUCCUACAAGAUCGAAAAAAUCGGAAAAAGACCGGUUCGAGUGUGUGAUCCGUGCUUCAACAAACUGGUAAGCGGUCAGGAUAGAGAUAAUCCCAAUGUUGGACAAUCCGAUCAAUUGGAAGAUCACGCCAGUGAUAGCAGCGGCGAAAGUGAUCAAGAAGGAAAUGACGCUGGUCAAAUUAGUGCGCCAACCUUCUAUCCCGGA